AUGAUUUAAAAUAAGCAUCUAGAUCUGAAUUAUUAAUAGAGACUUAAACUAAGAGAAGUAGGAAAUGAUUAAUUAAAAUUUGAUAAUGAUAAAACUUAAAUGGAAAGUGAGAAAAUAUCCAAAUGGUAUAUUUUCAGGUCUAAAAAUAAUGAAGUUAUAAGCAGAAAAUCCUAAUGCUAAAGUAUCAAUAGAACAAUUAUCUAAGUUAGAUAAUUAAGUGAGAUAAUUAUAGGAAGAGAAUAAUAGGUAUAUAUGAAUUUGCUUAUAAAUAGAUUAGCUGCAGAAAUAAAUAGUUAUUGAAAUAGAUUAAAUAAAUUGAAUUAUAUGUUCAAGAGGUAAAAUCAAUGUAUGAUAGGGAAUGA